UCUUUUUUCCACACUACCAGGAGGAAGAAAAAACCCAAAACCCACCUCCAUAAAACAGCUCCUCUGGUCACGCCAACUUGCAACUUCACCAGCAGAAACUUCACAAGAGAGCGUGGCAAAAACCCAUUGAAUUUUAAGCUUUCUUCCCCUGCAUUAAAUACUCUGCCCCAUCUUCGUUUCCACAAUUAUAGAUUAGCUGCUGCGGCUGGGAGAGAAAGAGAAAAAAAAGGAAAGAACCCAAAAUCAUGGGUCUGUUGGCUUUACUUGUUGCGGUGAUCAUCAUCAAUUUGAGCAGCUCAGCUCUCGGCGACGAUGCUGCAAAUGGCGGCGCUUCCUUCGUCUUCGGGGAUUCGUUGGUUGAUGCUGGCAACAACAAUUUCUUCUCCACUCUGUCCAAGGCCAACAUUCGGCCCAACGGGAUCGAUUUCACGGCGUCGGGCGGGAGUCCCACCGGGAGAUACACCAACGGGAAAACCAUCAGUGACAUCGUCGGUGAAGAACUCGGGCAGUUGAACUACGCGCUGCCGUUCCUAUCACCCAACACCACCGGAAAGGCGCUCCUUUCCGGGGUCAACUACGCCUCCGGCGGCGGAGGGAUCAUGAACGCCACCGGAAGAAUCUUCGUCAACAGGCUGGGCAUGGACGUGCAAAUCGACUACUUCAACAUCACGAGGAAGCAGCUCGACCAGCUUCUGGGACCAUCCAGGGCCAGAGAAUUCCUCACCAAGAGCUCCAUCUUCUCCAUCACCGUCGGCGCCAACGAUUUUCUCAACAACUACCUCCUCCCCGUCCUCUCCGUCGGCGCCAGGGUUUCUCAGAGCCCCGAUGCCUUCAUCGACGACAUGAUCUCACAUCUGCGAGCUCAACUCACGGUAAAAGAUCGAUUUGCCAGUGAAGAGUUGGUUAAUUACAAAAUGGUACCUUUAGUUUUCUGGAUUUGAAGUUUUGAUUCCCCUGUUUUUUUUUUGGCCGUCGGUGGCAGAGGCUUUACCAAAUGGAUGCUCGGAAGUUUGUGAUCGGGAACGUGGGGCCGAUUGGGUGUAUUCCGUACCAGAAGACGAUAAACCGGUUGAAGGAGAACGAAUGUGUGGAUUUGCCCAACAAGCUUGCGCUUCAGUACAAUGGCAGGCUGAAGGAUUUGCUGGCGGAGAUGAAUGACAAUAUGCCCGACGCCGUGUUUGUUCACGCUAAUGUCUAUGAUUUGGUCAUGGAGCUCAUCAGCAAUUAUGCCAAAUACGGAUUUACGACUUCGAGCAGGGCUUGUUGUGGAAACGGAGGACAAUUCGCAGGAAUAGUACCGUGUGGACCAACAUCGAGUAUGUGCGGGGAUCGUUCGAAGCAUGUGUUCUGGGAUCCAUACCAUCCCAGCGAGGCUGCCAACGUGAUCAUCGCAAAACAGCUGUUGGAUGGAGACACCAAGUACAUCUCUCCCAUGAACCUUAGGCAGCUGAGAAAACAUUGACGAAUUUGCAGGAAGGAAGAAGAAAUUGUUUUGGGUUUUUAAUUUGUGUGUGUGAAAGUGAAAUUCGUGGUGCAUGCAUGAUGCAUGCAUGGGUGUUUUAGUUUCACAAAUGGAAUUUGUAUUUUUUUACUUUUAUGUUUUAUGUUUCUUUUUCGCCUGUUUGAGCAGCAACAGAGUUAUUGUUGACGUGUCCAAGAGGAGGGUUUUGCUCUGUUCGUCAUGUUUUAAGGGAUAUGAUAAAAUACAAAAUUCAGAACUACAAAAUUCGUGUCU